AUGGCGGGAGUCGUGGGCUCUGUUUCCCUGCCCGAGCAGGCGCUGGAUCAGCCGCCCGUGCCGCCGAAGGGGCAGAAGCGGCUGCAGAUCCACCGAGCCCUCACCAGAGACCCCGUGGAUGUGGGGAGCCUCCGGGAGGCGGCUCUCGGCCUGGGGGGGCUCCUCACCGAUGAGAUCCGCAGGAAGGUGUGGCCCAAGCUGCUGGGCGUGAACAUCUACAGUGCUCCCCCGAAGCCAGGCCGGGAUGUGCAUCAGAACCACAGAGAUUAUAGUCAGGUCCUCCUGGACGUGCGCCGCUCCGCUCGCCGCUUCCCGCCAGGCAUGUCCGCGGAGCAGCGCCAGGUGCUUCAGGACCAGCUGGUGGGCGUCAUCCUGCAGGUGCUGAGCGCCCACCCCGAGCUGCACUACUACCAGGGGUACCACGACAUCGCCGUGACGCUGCUGCUGGUCUCUGGCGAGCGCCCGGCCGUCGCCCUGCUGGAGCGGCUGUCCACCCUGCACCUCAGGGACUUCAUGGACCCCACCAUGGACAGCACCAAGCACAUCCUCAACUACCUCAUGCCCAUCCUGCAGCGGCAGAGCCCGCGGCUCCACGACUUCAUGCAGAGAGCCGAGGUGGGGACCAUUUUCGCCCUGAGCUGGCUGAUCACCUGGUUCGGCCACAUCCUCUCCAGCUCACAUCACAUCCUGCGCCUCUACGACUUCUUCCUGGCCUCCCACCCGCUCAUGCCCGUCUACUUUGCUGCUGCGGUGGUCCUCCACCGGGAGGAGGAGGUGCUGGCUUGCGACUGCGACAUGCCCAGCGUCCACCAGCUGCUCUCCCGCAUCCCGCCGGACCUGCCCUACGAGGCCCUCGUCGCCCGGGCCCACCAGCUCUUCCAGCGCCUGCCUCCUGCCGAGCUGGCCAAGCAGGCGGCCCUGCAGCCCCACAAGAGCGUCAGCAUCGGCUCUUUCCCGGAGUUCCAGCAGGCUGCCUCAUGCCAGCGCCCGGAUGCCGUCCUUCGGGAGCAGCAGCUGCGGGCGGCCCCCAGCCGAGCAGGGGCCGGCGGGCUCCUGCCCCCGGCCGAGCACAGCCCCCUGCUGAAGGCGGCCGUCUGGGGGAUCACGGCCACCCUGGGGGCCGCUGCUCUGGCGGUCACGCAGACCGCCCUCGACUGGGCCCCUGAGUUCCUCCUGCAGCUCUUCUAGCGCCGGCCGGAAGGCCUCGUCCGGGGACUCCUGCGCUGGACAAGCGGGCUGCUGAGGGGCCAAGAGGACUCUGGCCUCGCCCGAAGAGCCGGGAGCAUCAGGAGGGCAGGGAGUGGCCGAGGCACGGGUGGCCAGUCCCUGCCGCGGAGAGUGAGAACUGCGCGUCCUUGCUCACGGCUCUGGCCUCUUGCCGAGGAUCUGAAUUUUGGCCUCCAGGCAGAGCUGCUUCUGCCCCAGGAGCUACAGCCACCCCGGGUGCCUGCCC